CUCCUGGUGGGGUCCUCAGUUCUCUUGUUUCUGUAGGGUAUGUCGUAUAUUGGCCAGGCUUUAUUCAUCAGCUCUAUAUAUCUGGGGGUAAUCUUAGUUUCUGUGUUGCAGACCUGCAAAACUGUAAGAGAUUUAGAAGUGUACUAGGAAAGAGAAAAUGGGUGAGAUUCUGAGUGAAUUGAACAGUGUUUCGGUGGAAAACAAUGUUGUGAGUCAGAAUUCUGAUGAGUUUAAAGUGUCGGUGUUUGGAGAACAAGUGUUGGCUGGUCAAGGUGAUCAUGUCAAUGGGCAUAAUCAACACGACCAGCAGCUUCACCAGGGCGGUGGUAAUAACAACACAUUGCUUGCUUUGCAAGAAAUCCCUGGAAAUUUACCUCCUUUUACAGUUAGUAAUGGCGAUCCUGUUUUUGGUAACGAGGUGGUGGAAAGGGUGAGGGAGAAACCUAAGCUCAUCGUCACUAAUGAUAUCAAACCUCGCCUCCGAUGGACUAGUGAACUCCAUUCUUACUUUGUUGAAGUUUGCAAUCGGCUUGGUGGUCCUCAGAGAGCAACACCAAAGGCUGUCCUGGACCUGAUGGAUAUUGAUGGACUCAAUCUUUUCCAUGUCAAGAGUCAUUUACAAAAAUAUAGACUGGGCAAAUAUGCAGAUAAGGAUUCGACAGAGGGAGGCCAAACUGGAACCUUCGGAAGUUCAAGCAGUGCUAUUCCUUUACCAUCGUGUACCAAUCAGUAUAACAGGAGAGCUAAAAGAAAUCUCAAAAAUACUCAUGGAGAACUCUAUCUGAAACUUCAGAUGAGCAUCCAGGAUAUGGGAGCUAAAAAAUUGGAGGCUGAGAUGCAUGUUCAAAGGUGUCUGGAAGAACAAAGGAGGUACCUACACACCGCCCUGGAAUCCGCGUGCAAGACGCUUGCCAAUCAGUAUCUAGGUGAUGCAGCUGCCGUGGAAAAUGCAAUCCUGUAUGGGCAAGCCUCAGCUGGUCUAGGAAAUUUCGCGACAAUACCAGUUGGCCCAUCGGGUUUCGGAACAUCAGCCACGACAGUGCCACCGUUUUAUUCUGAGCAGCAGAAUGCAUAUCCUACAUAUAGCAACACACUGACAACCCCAGCCAACCUUGGCCUUCAAGAGCAACCUGUUGGUUGUCAGCUACAAACUUCAUUUAGCCCUGCACCUCAAGGCAAUAUCUCAACUUCAAAUGGCUAUUUUGGAAGUUCACCACAUCAGGAAACUUUGGCUGCAGCUGCUGCCUACACAGACUGGCUUGUUGAUGAAGAUCUUAUACAAACUUCAUUUAGCCCUGCACCUCAAGGCAAUACCUCAACUUCAAAUGGCUAUUCUGGAAGUUCACCACAUCAGGAAACUUCAGCUGCAGCUGCUGCCGUCACGGACUGGCUUGUUGGUGAAGAUCUUAUACAAACUUCAUUUAGCCCUGCACCUCAAGGCAAUACAACUUCAAAUGGCUAUUCUGGAAGUUCACCACAUCAGGAAACUUUGGCUGCAGCUGCUGCCGACAUGGACUGGCCUGUUGAUGAGGAUCUUAUACAAACUUCAUUUAGCCCUGCAUCUCAAGGCAAUAUCUCAACUUCAAAUGGCUACUCCGGAAGUUCACCACAUCAGGAAACUUCGGCUGCAGCUGCUGCCGACACGGACUGGCCUGUUGAUGAAGAUCUUAUACAAACUUCAUUUAGCCCUGCACCUAAAGGCAAUAUCUCAACUUCUAAUGGCUAUUCUGGAAGUUCACCACAUCAGGAAACUUCGGCUGCAGCUGCUGCCGACAUGGACUGGCCUGUUGAUGAGGAUCUUAUACAAACUCCAUUUAGCCCUGCACCUCAAGGCAAUAUCUCAACUUCAAAUGGCUAUUCCGGAAGUUCACCACAUCAGGAAACUUCGGCUGCAGCUGCAGCCGACACGGACUGGCCUGUUGAUGAAGAUCUUAUACAAACUUCAUUUAGCCCUGCACCUAAAGGCAAUAUCUCAACUUCUAAUGGCUAUUCUGCAAGUUCACCACAUCAGGAAACUUCGGCUGCAGCUGCUGCCAACAUUGACUGGCCUGUUGAUGAAGAUCUUAUACAAGCUUUCUUUAACUGGGAUGAUAAUGAACCAAUGAACCUCGAUGCUAGCUUGUAACUUGGAUCAUAUUUAAGGUUUCCUGGCACCUUUUAAGUAAAACUGUGUUAAAAAGAAUAGCCGCU